AUGGACCUGAAACACGGCGAGGCUAGUGUAACUUUGGUAUCCUUCGGUAUUGUCUCCACGGUUGAGUGGACUAAUGGCCAUCCUGCGCCAACCUUGGCUGAUGAUGCGCUCUUGAGAUCAGUCGGACUUGUGCAAGUACGCCCAGAGAACCCGGAUGAUAUCGACUCCAGAAUCCAGUCAGACACGCGCUUGAUCACUUCGCCCUGUCCACUACUGGAAUACUCUACCCCAUCCGAUGGGGGAGGAUUUUCAUCAUGGUUGACUGUUCUUGCCGAAGCCGCCGGGCCUCCGCCGUCGCCCAUGGUUCAUCGUGACAAGAGUCGGGAUCCACCGCUCCUUCUUGCCAGUUCUUUGCCCCUGGGAACCAGUCGGAACGUCGAGGACGUCUAUGUGUUGCGCGAAGGCCCGAAAUACCGGAUCUGGGGUUUCUGCAAGGGCAAAGACGAUAUCGCGGUGGCGGGUUUCCCGCUCUUCAGCCGCGACUGGCCCAAACGGACUCCAUUCGACUCCGCGGCUGUCUCCGCUGGUCUGAAGUAG